AGCUGUCAAACUGAUGUUUCCUGUCUAAUAAGAAAAUUCUUUCAAGCAAUUUUGGUAUUUUUGGUAUUCUUACUGUAUUAAAUAUUAUAAAAGUGACUGUAAAAGCAGCAAAUAUUAUUGCCAAAAUAUAAAAUGUGAAUAUAGUUAAAAAAAAAUUGCAAGUGUUAAAUAUAAUAAGUAUUUUAGUUGUGAAAAAUAUAUGUUACUGUGCUUCGCAAAUUGUUUGUAAAUUGUUCCACGUAGACUACCGGCUACUUAACUUUUGAACAGUUUUCUUGGACAAUUUUCUAGAUAACGCUAGAAAACUUUGCUUUAUCAAGCAAAAUAUCAAAGUCUGGUGUGCUAAUUUUUUAUUAAUAAUGCAACGAAAAAUGGACAACAAGUGAAUCGGUAGAUGUUAUGAGUUCAUUUACAGUGGUACAAUUCUGUAGAAUUAUUUUUAUCUAAGACAAUGAGCAAUAAAAAUGUCGAGAUGCGUGCGGAUAUGUGGAGCUUACUCUUACCGUCUGUCACGAAGGCAUUCAACCAUGCUUCUUAUAGCAUCCUUCAUACUAGUCCUGACGAUAAUCCUCCAGCUCUAUGCCUACAGACAUCAAGAAAUGCCCCAUUUUGCUGCGAGAGUAGGUGACUUUGACUAUAGACCUGGGGCGUUUCUAGCAGGACAACAUCCUAACGAAAACACAAGCUAUUGCCACUUUAACUACGGCCUUCCAGAAAAACUCAAUUGGGAAAACAUUCCGGUGUACUCCACUCCAGAAGGAGAUUUUCAAAGUGCGUACAGAGUAAUAUACAACGCUGUACAGGGCACGGCAUUUGCAAAUAAUUCAAAAUAUGAUGCUGUGACGUACGCCACUCAAGCGACUCCAGAAUUUAUUUACCAUAUUACAGAAAUUGCGAGAUAUUGGGACGGACCUAUUAGCCUCGCAGUCUUUGUACCGAAUUAUGAUAUAGAUAUCACCAUGCAAAUAAUGAACCAACUUUGUCGAUGUUACUCUGCAAUUUCGAAAGUAUCUCUUCACCUCUUCUAUCCGAAACGCUAUCCACCAACGUUGACGCAGGAGGUUUUAAAACCCUAUGUUAUGACGACAGUAGAAACUUCGACAACCACUAAAAACACAUCAACAGAAGAGCUAUUGGCGAGAAAAUUGGAUCGGUAUAGGAAUUUGAAUAACAAAACGAGGGCAGAGUAUAUACAAUGGGUGCGAAAGAGGAAGAUAGAAAGAAUGAUGGCCAGGAUGCCGAAACAGAGCACUGUACCAAAACUAAUAUUCGAUGACUGUUCUGGAUUGGCAGAUUUUGAUAUACAGACCUUCAGACGGGAGAAAAGUUUGAUAUAUCCUAUAAAUGUGGGUAGAAACGUAGCACGAAAUGCUUCUAGGACGAACUAUUUUAUCGUAUCGGACAUAGAGUUUGUGCCGAGUGACGGAUUAGCGACGAAAUUUCUGACAAUGGUAAGGAAACUUAUGGGCGAUAAGAAACGAGACGAGGGAAGCAUAUUCGCUAAGACGGUCUUUGUAGUGCCGCUAUUCGAAGUUGAGAAGGGGACGGAGAUACCUCGAGACAAAGACACGUUGGUCAGUCUACUGAAUGAUAACCGCGCGAAGUAUUUCCACCAGAAGGUAUGCGCUCACUGUCAACGGUUCCCAGGCCUGCAAUCCUGGCUGCUGCGGCCAUCACCUACUGGACUUGAGCCAAUGCUGAUCGCCCGGAGAGAGUACCCGUACCACAGAUGGGAGCCCCUGUACUUCGGCACGAAGAACGAACCCUGGUACAGCGAGUUGUUGUCUUGGGAAGGACGUCAGGACAAAAUGACUCAGAUGUUAGAAAUGUGCCUGCAAGAGUACAGGAUGGUGGUACUCGAUGGCGGCUUUCUCUGCCACGCCGCCGCCACGAGGGUCAGCCCUCGACACAACCGGGCAGAGAGGAUGAACCAUAGACGCUACCAGACCAUCGUCGCUUCGUUUAGACAUAAGUACCCUAACAGACCCAAGUGCAAACUCAUGUUUGGGAGCUAAUUUGUGCACUACAAACAUCGAUGAAAAAUUAUAUAGGCAUAGGACGAGUAUAUGUCAGGAGUAAAGCUAUAGGUACUUUGGGUCACACGACCGCGACGCGAUUACUGUGACGCGACCAUCGCAAUGUGAAUAUUGGAACCCACGACAAUUUUGACGUACGACUCUCACGUAGCACUGCGAAGAUGUAUUAGAUAGGUACCUACUGCUUUUGUGAGAUAUUUUGCACAAUUUUAAAAUAACUUACACCAUAAGUACCUAUCUAUAAUACAUGAGUAACGGGUAAUACAGAAAUAAUAAUAAUCAGACGACCAACGGUAUAAGAUGAACUUGAGUAAAACUAAAUUGACUAAAUAAGUUUAGCCUUUAUUUUAAUAUUUUCAGUUACAAUACAACAGUGAAAGCGUAAAUAUUUAUUUUGAUAUUGCCAAUACAGUGAUAGUUAGUUGCUAUCUUCUUUCAUUCAAAAUUGAAUACUUUAUAAGAUAAUUUAAACACUAGUUUAGUAGUCAUGAGAAUCUUUUAACUUGAUAACGCCCGCGCUAUUCAAAAAACAAUAGGUACCUAUUAUUAGAAUUUUCUAAAACAAACGAUUUAAUUUGCAACUAUUUAGAUAAUAAUACUCAGUUUGAGUCUUUGUUGUUCAAGAUAAUAUUGAUAUAAAACAGAUUGUUUAGUUUACAUUUAAAGUACCUGAACCUUUUAGCAAGUUUACAGUUCUUCAGAAGUUUGUGCUGCUUAGAAUUUUUGAGAUAAUACAAUACGUUAUUUAGGUGCUUGUUUUAGGAGAAAGUCUUUGUAAUCAAAUUCAUAAAUGAACAUUUUAAAAUUCAUAUUAAAGGUGAUUGGAGUGACUUUGCGUAUGACGACAUUUUUACUAAUUGUCACACUAAUAUUAUAAAGGCG